AUGAUAGGUGGUGUUAAUCAUUACAGCGAUGAAGAUGCACCUGGUGGGACGCCUGUAAUGCAGUCAUCUGUACCGGACCUGCAAACAUAUAUCCUCUUCUUCGAUGGAUGCAAGGCAUUAGAAGUAGCAGCUUCCCCAAGUUUUGGCUGGACAAUUUGCUAUGGUUUUUCUGUUUGUGAUGCUUCUGUUGUGGGCAUAAUUAUGGUGGUGGGUUCGGAUAGUGUUGAAGGUGGUGGUUGUGGUCACGAGAUAGAGGGGAGAGCAGGGGGGAAGGGGGGGCCGGGUGUUGGGGUGGCAAAAUCUUCUGCGGGAGGGAGCUUCUUUGGGGGAGGAGGGGGUUGCGUUGUUUGGGGAUUCAAUUGCAGGGUUGCUGUCCGGCGUUCCCGCCGGAGAGGUGUGAGGGCUUCAGAUUUGGGGGUUGCCAUUGGGGAGGCAAUACUUUUUAAGUUUUUCUCUUAUUCAAACAUGAGAGAUAAACAAGAUAUUAUUUCCACUUUGAAUACUCUUAAUGCUUCUGAUGUUGCUCUCAUGUUUUUGUUGGGAUAUUUGACUAAUCUGAACCAAUUUGCCAGUGAGGGGAUGUUGUUUGCUCUGCAGAAGGAGAAGCCCCUGAGGCGCAGGCUUGGUCCUGAUAACCGAACAAAAGAUGAACGAGGAAACCGUAGAGAACUUGACAAUCGAGCUAAUGGUGGUGAAAGAUAUGAUAGGUCGGAGAACCAACAGUCAACCGGCUUCCAGUCCAGCAAUGAUGGCCCAGUUGGAGACAAUCCUGAUGAUCCAAUGUUUGACACUUUUGGUGCACAAGGGAUAAAUGUUGCUCCGUUCCCAUCAGAUAUACCCCCUCCUCCUGUACUGAUGCCUGUUCCUGGUGCUGGGUAA